AUCUUCCUCUCUUCAGGUAAAAAAGACCUAAUUUAAUGGUGAUCUUAGCAACCGAAGAGACAAGAAGCUUUUUAUUGGUUUUCUUUCACUGUGUGAAAUGCUUUGAGCUGAACCCCUGGUAGGGACCUACCCUGACAUUUAGCAUUGUGUUCUAACAACCUUGUUACUGUUCUUGGCUGACACGGGGUUUGUUUGUCCCAGGUACAGUUUGCUGUGCACUGUCAAAGUUGUCACUCACCUAAUUGAAUUUUACUCAUGGAAAGGAGGUGGUUAUUCCAGGUUUGAACUAAUUUUGUUUUCCAUCAUUUAAAGAUUUGGGUUUAGUUUUGAAAAGACUCUGUCCAUUUUCCUCGGUGCCCUCUGUCUCUUUGAAGAUGCUGUGGCAGAGAGGAGGGCUGCAAUUAGCAGCUUUCCAGCCCUGCCCUUCCCAGCUGUUACUCUUACCCCAGUUCACACAUGCACAGAUGAUUAUCCUACUUCAAGCUCCCCAGGUAAACUAAUUUCAGGGAUUACCCAGUGGUCAUAGCUUUCCUUCCUAACUUGUGAGCAUUAACAGCUUGUGGAAAUGCUCCUGAGUUAUCUGAAGAGUCUGAAAAUGAACUCUCAUUUUUCUUAUAGACCUCCCCAUAGUCCAGCAGCUCCAACGCUACAUUUCCACAGUCCAGGGAGUGGAAGGGAGAAGAGUUCUCAUCGGGGUAAUUCAGGAAGACAGCAACACGCUGUGUUUGGGAAUGGCUGUCAUCUUAUCCCAGUUACUCAAACACUUGACAGCUUUUUUCCUAUAGAAUCUGAGCUACAGCAGUCUCUGGUCCCAGCACACCCCAUGGCCCCACCCAGUCCCAGCACCACCAGCAGUAAUAACAACAGUAGCAGCAGUAGCAACUCAGGAUGGGAUCAGCUGAGCAAGACAAACCUCUACAUCCGAGGCCUGCCCCCCAAUACCACUGAUCAAGACCUGGUGAAGCUCUGUCAACCAUAUGGGAAGAUUGUCUCCACGAAGGCGAUUUUGGAUAAGGCCACCAACAAGUGCAAAGGUUAUGGUUUUGUUGACUUUGACAGUCCUGCAGCAGCCCAGAAAGCUGUCUCCGCCCUGAAGGCGAGUGGAGUCCAGGCUCAGAUGGCAAAGCAACAGGAACAAGAUCCUACCAACCUGUACAUUUCUAAUCUGCCGCUAUCCAUGGAUGAGCAAGAACUUGAAAAUAUGCUCAAACCCUUUGGACAAGUUAUUUCUACAAGGGUCCUACGUGAUUCCAGUGGUGCCAGCCGUGGUGUUGGCUUUGCCAGGAUGGAAUCAACGGAAAAAUGCGAAGCUGUAAUUGGUCAUUUUAAUGGAAAAUUCAUCAAGACCCCACCAGGAGUUUCUGCUCCUACAGAACCUUUACUGUGCAAGUUUGCGGAUGGAGGACAGAAGAAGAGACAGAACCCAAACAAGUACAUCCCUAACGGGCGGCCAUGGCCCAGAGAUGGAGAGGCUGGAAUGACACUCACUUACGACCCGACUACAGCUGCUCUACACAACGGAUUUUAUCCUUCACCAUACAGUAUUGCCACAAACCGAAUGAUCACUCAAACUUCUCUUACACCCUAUAUUGCAUCUCCUGUACCUGCCUACCAGGUGGCAAAGGAAACCAGAGAGAACAAGUAUCGGGGCUCUGCUAUCAAGGUGCAGAGUCCCUCUUGGAUGCAACCUCAGCCGUACAUUCUGCAGCAUCCUGGUGCCGUGUUAACUCCCUCAAUGGAACACACCAUGUCACUACAACCUGCUUCCAUGAUCAGCCCUCUGGCUCAGCAGAUGAGUCAUCUGUCACUGGGCAGCACCGGAACAUACAUGCCUGCAACAUCAGCCAUGCAAGGAGCCUACUUGCCACAGUAUACACACAUGCAGACCGCGGCGGUGCCCGUUGAGGAAGCAAGUGGCCAGCAGCAGGUGGCUGUGGAGACGUCUAAUGACCAUUCUCCAUAUACCUUUCCACCCAAUAAGUAACUGUGAGAUGUACCGAAGGGAGUUCUUACAUGAAGAAGGGUGUGAAGGCUGAACAAUCAUGGAUUUUUCUGAUCAAUUGUGCUUUAGGAAAUUAUUGACAGUUUUGCACAGGUUCUUGAAAACGUUAUUUAUAAUGAAAUCAACUAAAACUAUUUUUGCUAUAAGUUCUAUAAGGUGCAUAAAACCCUUAAAUUCAUCUAGUAGCUGUUCCCCUGAACAGGUUUAUUUUAGUAAAAAACAAAAACAAAACGAAAAAAAAAAACGGAAAAAAAAUCAAAGAUUUUUAUCAAAUAUAAUGAUGCAAAAAAAAAAAGAAAAAGAAAAAAAAGAGAGAAAAAGAAAACUUCAAUUUUCUGGGUAUGCACAAAGACCACGAAGACUUAUCCAAGUGCAUGACCGGAUUUUUGCGGUUUUGUUCAUUUUGUGUUUAAUUUGUCUUUUUUUUUCAGCUGUAUGAAAUGGGCUUUCUGAAGUUUCAAUUGUCCGACAUCACCCAUGGUGUCCCGUGCUUGCGAGUGUCGCAGUAACUCAGUGUUGGCCUCACUGUCUUUGCUUAGCUCUCCGUUUUUCUUUCGAUGUAGUGUGAAGUGUCUUAUCCUUUUCUAUGAAUUCCAAUUUGCCUUAACUCUUUUGAUGCUGUAGCAGUUUCAGUAAAGUUAGUUCAACCUAAUGAUGUAGAAUGCUUUGACCAAAUGGGCUGGUCUAGUGCGCCUUGUAAGCAGCAGCCUAGGGCUUUUAAAAAGGUAGUCAAUAAAAGUUGCUGAAAUUUUGGCUUUUUUAAAUAUGUAGUAGGUGUUUUUAAUGAUUUUUCACAUAACGUGUAAGGUAGUGAAGUGGAAGGAGGGAAAACUGUUUUGUGUGAAACACAUUUUCUGACUGGGGGGACUUUUAAUAGGGUAAAUUGUUUAUAAGGCUGUACACUGACAGUUUCCCCUGAUAGUGUGACUGAUUUAGGAUAUCUGCUGUAUGAUGCAAUGUAAAGUCUUUUUUGCCUUUUUUCAGGAAGAAAAAAUAAAAUAAAACUUAACGAUGUUCUAGGUUUAGUGUAGGUAGCU